AUGCCAAUCAAACAAAUUCACGCUCGUCAAAUCUUUGACUCUCGUGGUAAUCCCACUAUUGAGGUUGAUGUGACCACAAACUUGGGCCUUUUUCGUGCCGCCGUUCCCAGCGGCGCCUCAACAGGCACCUACGAGGCGCUGGAGCUGCGUGACGGUGACAAAAACAAGUACCACGGAAAGUCAGUGUACAAGGCAAUCUCUAACAUUAACGACAUUCUCAGACCAAAAAUAAUUGCCAAGAACUUUGAAGUGACUCAGCAGAAAGAGAUCGACAACUUUAUGAUCGCCCUUGAUGGGACAGACUUCAAGAGCAAUCUCGGAGCUAAUUCAAUUUUAGGCAUCAGCAUUGCUGUCGCCAAAGCGGGGGCGGCCAAGAAAGGCGUCCCACUGUACCGUCACUUGGCCGAUCUUGCCGGCAACCGCAAUUUCAUUUUGCCUGUACCAGGUUUUAAUGUCAUUAACGGUGGUCAACAUGCAGGCAAUCGAAUGGCCGUUCAGGAGUUCAUGAUCAUGCCCACUGGAGCGAUUUCAUUUGCCGAAGCAAUGCAAAUGGGCAGUGAGGUCUACCACCACCUACUGGCUGUCAUCAAACGCAAAUAUGGCCUUGAUGCGACAUGUGUCGGCGAUGAGGGUGGUUUUGCGCCAAACAUUACCGAUGCCGGAGAGGCUCUGGAGUUGAUCAACCAGUCAAUCAAACUGGCUGGGCUAGUGGGAAAGGUGGAGAUUGCCAUAGAUUCGGCUGCUUCUGAGAUGUACAAAGAAGGGCUCUACGAUUUGGAUUUUAAAAACGUCAAGUCAGAGAAGGCAAAGUGGCUGACGCCCACUUCUUUGAUUGACUUUUACAAAAAACUGAUAGCAGACUAUCCUAUUGUCUCACUGGAGGAUCCACUCAAUCAAGACGACGAAUGGGACACUUGGGCCCAGUUAACAAAAAGUGUCAGUAUACAAAUUGUUGGAGACGAUCUGACGGUAACCAAUCCAAAACGCAUCCAAACGGCAAUUGAGGAAAAGGCCUGUAAUGGUCUUUUGUUGAAAAUUAACCAAAUUGGCACUAUCACUGAGGCAAUCAAAGCACACAAUCUUGUGAAGGCCCACGGUUGGGGCACUAUGGUGUCACAUCGAUCAGGCGACACUGAGGAUGACUUUAUUGCUGAUUUAGUCGUUGGCCUGGGGACUGGACAGAUUAAAGCUGGAGCUCCCUGCAGAUCGGAACGACUUGCCAAGUACAAUCAACUGUUGCGCAUUGAGGAGCAGUUGGGUAAAGAUGCCAAAUAUGCUGGCAAAAACUUUAGAAAACCUUACUAA